CUUUCACCUUCCCUCCCGCCCAACAUACGCAUAAACAUAAACAAAUGCUUGUUAGUCAGCAGAUCCGAUUGUUGUUAUUGCCUCAAAGCAGGAAAUAUGAAACGUCUCAGGGUCCUUAUCGUACUUGUUGCGUUACGUACGCUGAAACGCACCUGAUAAAGAGAACCAGCAGAAAAGAUGUUAGACGAUAAUUAGAUCAAAAAAAAGGGGAAACAAGUUUAUGCUUGUGCCCUAGGCGGUUCAUUAAACGUACGUCCGAUUGACAGUAUUGUGGGUGUCCCGGAUGGCAAACUUUAACCAGAUGCCCAAUGAGAUUUUGGAACAGAUAUUCGAUCAUCUCGAUUGGCGGACUCGCCGCAAUCUAACACUGGUGUGUCGACGAUGGAAUGCAGUCUUGCUAUCGGAACGAUACAUUGCCCGCAACGUAACACUCCUGAUUGAUGGACAACGAACGCUGGUGCUUUCCAAACAUCCCAUUCAUAGAGCUUACCCCAACUUGACACUCAAGCUGGAUAAUCCCAUCAACGGGGAUGCUUUUAAAGGACUGCGCUUGCUAUCAACAAUCGUCCCAUCGCCGUCUAACGUGAAGCUGCAUCUGGCAUUCCCAAACGAUCCGCGAUGGAUCGCAAUGUGGGAAGGACAGUACAUAAACCUUCGCACAGUACAAACGCUCCACCUGACGGGCAGUUGCCAUACGGAAUGUCCACGGGCAGUCGUGAUACGCAUGGACCAGCUUCGUACGCUAAACCUAGAGUGUACUGACGUACUAGAUAUAUGGUUUGUGGCGCCCAAACUUUCGCGCCUUCAUCUACACGUACUGUCCGAGGAACAUAUCGACUUUCUACUGCACUUUAUCCAACAACUGUACGCGCUUAGCAUCGUGUUCGAUUCGAAGGAAAGCUACUUUUUCUACAACCUUAAAGCGGACAAUUUGCGCGAACUUGCGAUCGACCGGCGUCAAAAAGGCAUGACGAAGAGUGAGCGAAACAUUAGCAUUGCAUUCUUCAAGCGUUUGAAUCAGCUGCAACGAUUGGAGCUGCGCAUGAAGUUCAUCGACAGCUACGUGCUUCACACCAUAGCGGACACACUGACGCAGCUGGUUGAACUGUCCCUAGAGGUGGCCGAAGGUACGAUCGAGCUAAAGCACAUCGCGAACCUGAUCCGGCUGGAACGGCUGCGCAUUGUGGCGUGUCGUGUGAAUUUACAGGGUGUACACUUACCGGCACUACAAACGUUGGAGCUUGGCUCGGCGGAACUCCCCGGUACGUACCUCGAGGGCAUCGAAGGACUGAUGGCUUUCAAUCGGAUGCGAUCGCUGACGUUGAUGAAUGUGAAGGUUUAUCCAGAGAUGCUGCAACUCACGCCAACGUACAGUGUAGAGCGGAUGGUUAUUGCCUUUUACCGAAAGCUGGAGGAGACUCACCUGCUGAUACUGGUGAAACGUUUUCCAGCACUACGUUGGCUACGGGUCAGCCACUGUCACGGCAUUUAUCAGCGUGAAAUAGACAAACUGAAACGAAUGAUGCCGACACUAGCAGUAGCAUUCGAUGAAGCUAAAAGUGAUAGAAUAUAACGUAAUCAAACAACCGAAGCCUUGGAUGAGUGACACCCGACAUCGCAUAACAAUAAACCCGUCUGUAAGAGAUUUCAAUGUAGCAGGU